GCAAGAGGCUAGUUGGGAAAGGUGAUGGAGUCAUGGAGGAGUAUUAGAACCUGGCAUCAGACAGCCCUGUAGUUAUUAAUCAUUCCUGCCGCUCAGUGGGCUCGCUUUUAUAAAUGAGGGGGUGGUUCAAAAUGUUGCAUGCACCUCACAGCAGCUUUUGCAUCGAGUAAUGUGCCUCGCGCCGCCGGGACCCGGGAUCAAACACGUAGGCAGCGCAUGCGCGGACCCUCCGCUGCCACCACCUCCUCCUCACCCGAACUUGCUGGCAUCGGCCCCGCCCAGCACCGCCACCGCCUUUUCGAUUGGAUGACCGACUCGGCGGUACGACUUGCCAUGGGUCAGCAGGACUGUCAGUCAGGAUUCCCCAUCACCCCGCUCCUCCUGGGGGCAGCCAGCAGGUAUCAUUAGUAUGAUGAGACUGAGAGAUGGGCAGACAAGAUCCUUCCAGGCACCUGUAGAUGUUCACGCUUCACAAGAUGGUCAGGUUUAUUUGUUUGGGAGUGAAGUUGCAACAUCCGAUGAAUCAUCAGAUGAAGACCAGUGUAACAUUGAACUGCGGCCCAGAGGUCGAGAGUGUCAAUGGUCCACUGUUACUGAGGAGAAAUCCAACAGUACAGUGCUUCUUAUUCGAGAGGUUGUUGAUGGUGACAACCUCAAUACUUUUGCAUUGCAGUAUGGUUGCUCGGUUGCAGACCUCAAAAGAGUGAACCACCUCAUUAGAGAGCAAGACUUCUUUGCCUUAAAAACAAUAAAAAUUCCUGUGAAAAAGCACAGUUUAUUGACAGAAGCACAUGAAGAGGCGAAGCGACGGCAGCCUUUUUCUGCAAAUAAUAGGGCCUCCACAUUUGUAGAGGGUUGUAUUGCAACAGGCCAAGGAACAAAUGAGAAUAAAUUGAACAUAUAUUUUGAAGAAAUUGACAAGGGCAUCGAGAGAGUCAUCCAGUCUACAGAUCAAUGUAAAGAUCGCUUAGAAGAAGUGGUUUAUUGUCAAAAACCUAAUGGAUUUAAUUCAUCCCCAUUAUCUCCAAAGGACGUUCAUCAUGGAGCCGACUGGGGUAUUCGGUGGUGGAAUGCUGUGGUAAUCAUGCUUUUAGUGGGUAUUAUUGUCCCAAUAUUUUACGUGGUGUAUUUCAAAAUUCAAGAGACUGAGACUGCCGUGGACCCAACAGCUCCAAAUGGCACACUGUCAACCACAAUACAGUCUAAAAUUGCACCAUCUAUAGAUGGCUGAAUGGGAUGGACUGAAAAGUUAAUUUUCUUCAUCAUUGGUAACUGUACACAGUAACUGGUUGGAACAUUUUAAGUCAUUGGUUAAAGAUUGGUACAGAUAGCAUGCCUGUACCAGUGCAGGGAAAUGUAUUCAAUUAUUAGACCUUUACUGUGACACUGGAAUUGCUUGUACAGGUCCAGUGUAAGUCCUAAACUGAAGUUUGCAUUUUCAUAUCAUUUCCUGAUUUAUAGCAACUUUUUGCAGUACCCCUUUAGGGCAUUUAUCCAUUUCUGAUCAUUUAAGAAAAAUGAUUUUACUCGAGUUUACAACCAAAUAGUUAGUAGCCACAUUGUUUCUUGUCUAUUUCCCUGGGUGUUUGAUGGCUACUGCUGAAUUCAACAGAUGUAAAUGGCGGAUUGAUCAAACAAAGUGCACUAGGUAGUGCCAGCUAUGCCUGUGCUAGCACUUGAGAUUUAUUAUAAAAGUAUUUAAUAAAUGA